GCUGCUGCUGCUGGUGGGGGCUAUAAAAGCCACAAGCCGCUGUGAUUCCAGCAAACAGUAGAGAUUGAGAACCAGCCCGAGAUGUUCAUUAAGCUCUUGCUACUUAGCCAGCUUCUGGCCCUCUGCUGUGCGCAGUUGAGUCUGGAUGAAGCAAAGGCAGCCAUCGAUGCCUCAGUGUACAGCGAUGAGGAGACACUGGACGACGUUCAUCCGUACGAUCCACACCACCACAAGGCUCCUCCACAUCAUGAUCCACAUCAUGCCCCAAAGGUGGAGACUACCACCACCCCAGUGCCCGAGACGACGACAGUGCAGCCGCAGCUUGUGCCGGAGAAGGAUGCCACUGCCGCACCGGAGGUGGGGCUGCAGCAACUAGACGAUGGACUGGGCCAACAGAAUGAUGGCUCCGCCGUGGCAGUGUCGACAACGACGCCCGAACCAGAGCCAGAGACGACAAUUCCAACAACUACAACAACUACGACAACGACAACAACAACAACAACGCCCAAGCCAAAGCCAAAGAAACAUGAGCCGCAACCUUAUCAUCCUCUAGAGCACUAUCCCCAUCCCCAUCCGUAUCCCCAUCCGUAUCCCCAUCCGUAUCCUGGACUUGUGUUCGGCCCAAGGCCAGCGGCCGGUUCGGAGGAGUCGUCUCCUGCUUCUGCUGCCAAUCCUGCCAAGAAAACCAAAGAAGGCAGCCAGCCAGAAACAGCAGAGCCCACUGCCUAUCCCUCGUACCCCGCGUAUCCGCCCUUCCGGCCACCCUACUCGCCCUACCAACCGCCCACAUUCCAUCGGCCAGGAGCUUAUCCUAGUUUCCCUGGCUUUGGACCCGCGCCGGGCUAUGGAUUCCGCCACGAGCACCAUCACACGGAAGGCGGCGAUGACAAGGAUGCCUCCUCCGAUGAGCAGCCGUUGGAAAAGGGCAAGGACAAGGACAAGGACAAGUCCGAUGAUGAGCCCGAGGAUGUGCCACUUAGGCCGCCGGGCUAUGGCUAUCCACAGCUUUACAUUGUGCCACGACGCCCCGUCGUGUACCCCAGUCCGGGCCGUGGCUAUGGCUCCCCCUACGGCGGAUAUGGACGCUACUAGAAACGCCCCCCACUGCCCCCUGCCCACACCACUCUUAGUUGUAAAAAUGUAAACACUCAGAUCUUAAAUAUAUACACUCGUAAUUACGUA